AUGCCUCCUCGCCGGAUGGACCUGCUAUGUCACCUUGAUUUGGUGUCUCAAGGCGUGCAUGCUGUUCUUCUACAACCGAAUCACGUAUGCAUCGACCUUUGCAAACCGUCAUCUUUGCUGAGGUUGACUGGUGUUGUGACUCGUCUUGGUCUCGCGCAGCAAAAAGCGGUCAAAAUCACCGCCGUGAUUUGCGUCCUCGCUUACAUCGCGAUGAUUGCGGUGAUUUAUGGCCAUUGUACGCCUGUGCGGAAGAAUUGGCAGGUCUAUCCCUAUCCAGGUGAUCAGUGUACAAUAGAUGUCGCCAACUACCUAGCUAUCGUGACAACAAACAUGAGCAAACUUCUCAUCGCGCUGUUGCUUUGUUCUGGCGUCUUCAUCAUGACUGCCACUCUGCUCCGAUGCCUCCUUUCUCUCAAGGACAUCAACGGGAUCAACACGAGCACGAUUUGGGCGAUUCGCGAAACGUUCGUCGGCAUCGUAGCCGUCAACGCCUCCUGCAUCAAGCCACUCUUCAGCAGUUCCACCUGGCUCCGGUCCGCCAACGGCUCGUCCAGCAACAACAAGAAGAGCAGCCGAUCCGCGUACGGCACCACCGAUUCAUACCAACUCUCCUCCACGCUGGGGAAGAAGCCGCAGAAUAAGUUCCACAACAGGACUGACAACAGCAGCGAGGAGAUGAUUGUCGACAAGGACUUCAACAGCCACUACAAGAAUGACGUGACGGUGGGCACUGGAGGGGAUGGAUUCGCGAGCGGGAUGAAGAGUGACGGUAUUCACGUGACGACGACGUACGAGGUGACUCCAUCGAGGGAGUUUGAUGUUUAG